AUGUUCACAGCCAUGCAAGCACGCCACGGUCCUCAGGGCCACGUCGCCGAUUCUACAAGGCGGAUCCUCACACACAGGCCUAAGGCCUCGGAAGGGACACCCUUUCUCAGAACUCCCUGGUACAGAACCAUCAGGGACUCGCCCUCUCCCCGCCAGGACCAGCGCAGAACACGCCCUCAACCUCAGGUCCCGGGCCCCAGCAGUUCAGUGAUCUGCGCCUGCGCACGCCCGGGCCGCGCGGCCGUUCCCAGAAGUCUGCGGGGCUCGGGCGGGGGGCGGACCGCUUUACUUCGGGACUUUUAAUGACCCUGCUCUCCGGCUCCCACAGUCGGUGUGGUAACUUGGACACGGGGCUCCUUUGCAUGUCCCUUGUUGCGUGCCGCGCGUGAGCGGCCCCGUCUGAGGAAGAAGUCGGCAUGAGUCGCGACGGAAAAGGCUGUGCAGACGUAGCGUAGAGCCCACGUGGACGGGGAGCGGCGCUCUGGCUUUCUGCAUCUGUGCUAUUCUGUUAGAGGAACCCUGAAGACUGAUCCACUCUUGUAGGCCUAAAACCAUGGCCCAUAGAUCUGUGACAUUCAGGGAUGUGGCCAUACACUUCUCUCAGCAGGAGUGGGAAUAUCUUGACUCUGUUCAGAAGAACUUGUACCGGGAUGUGAUGAUGGAGAACUAUGAUAACUUGGUCUCAUUGGCAGAACAUUCCAUUUCUAAGCCAGAUGUGAUCACAUUAUUGGAGCAAAGAAAAGAGCCCUGGAUGGUUGUGAGGGAGGACACAAAAAGAUGGUGUACAGACUUGGAGUCAAAAUAUGAAAUAAUCAGCUGUGAAAAAGUACACGUUUAUAAAAAACAUUCACCUCUUACUCUACGUCAGAAAAUUCAUACUAGAGAGAAACCCUAUGAAUGUGACAAAUGUGGGAAGGCCUUUAGUCGACAUACAGACCUUACAGUACAUCAGAGAAUUCAUACUGGUGAGAAACCCUAUGAAUGUGAGCAGUGUGGAAAGUCCUUUAAUCGUGCAUCCAACCUUCUGCAACAUCAAAGAAUUCAUACUGGUGAAAAACCUUUUAAAUGUGAGCAAUGUGGAAUGACGUCUAGUCGUAGGAUGGACCUUAAAGUUCAUCAGAGAAUUCACACUGGUGAGAAACCCUAUGAAUGUGAACAAUGUGGGAAAGCCUUUAGUCGUGCCUCACAUCUUACUCAACAUGGGAGAGUUCAUACUGGUGAGAAAGCCUAUGUAUGUAAUGAAUGUGGGAAGGCCUUUAGUCAGGGUGGAAGACUUAAAAUACAUCAGAGAAUUCAUACUGGUGAGAAACCCUAUGAAUGUAAGGAAUGUGGGAAGGCUUUUAAUCAAGCCUCUCAUCUUGUGCAACAUGACAGAAUUCAUACUGGUGAAAAACCCUAUGAGUGUCAUGAGUGUGGGAUGACCUUUAGUCGUGGUAUAGAUCUAAGAGUACAUCAUAGAAUUCAUACUGGUGAGAAACCAUAUGAAUGUAAGGAAUGUGGGAAGGCCUUUAGUCGUGCCUCAAAUCUUGUUCAGCAUGAGAGAAUUCAUACUGGGGAGAAGCCCUAUGAAUGUAAGGAAUGUGGGAUGACAUUUAGUCGUGGUUAUCAGCUCAUUCCACAUCAGAGAGUGCAUAUUGGUAUAAAACCCUAUGAAUGUAAUGAAUGUGGGAAGGCCUUUAGUCAUGCUUCAGCACUUAUUCAACAUGAGAGAAUUCAUACUGGUGAGAAACCCUAUAAAUGUAAAGAAUGUGGGAAAGCCUUUAUUCAUGGUGGAAGCCUAAGAAUGCAUCAUAGAAUUCAUACUGGUGAGAAACCCUAUGAAUGUAAAGAAUGUGGGAAGGCUUUUAGUCGCACCUCAAACCUUGUUAGGCAUGAGAGAAUUCAUACAGGUGAGAAACCAUAUGAAUGUAAGGAAUGUUGGAAGGCGUUUAGUCAUAUUGAAAGCCUCAGAGUACAUCAUAGAAUUCAUACUGGUGAGAAGCCCCAUGAAUGUAAAGAGUGUGGGAAGGCUUUUAGUAGUGGCCAUCAACUAAUUGUACAUCAGAGAUUUCAUACUGGUGAGAAACCCUAUGAAUGUAAGGAAUGUGGGAAGGCUUUUAGUGUGUAUGGGCGACUUACUAGACACCAGAGUAUUCACAGUGGUGAGAAACCUUUUGAAUGUAACACAUGUGAGAAGUCCUUUAGGCUUAGGUCAAGUCUUAAAGUACAUCAGAGAAUUCAUACUGGAGAGAAGGCUUAUGAAUAUAAGGACUGUGGAAAGGCAUAUAUAUGCAGUAGAGAAUGUAUAGUACAUAAGUGAUUUAUAAUACUGAGAAACAGUGUGAAUGUAAGGAAUAUGGGAAUACUUUUAGGUAUGGUUCAGUUUUUAUAAGGCAUUAAGCAAUUUAUACUGGCGAGAACUCCUUAAAAUGUAAAUAAUGUUUGGAAUUUUUGUUAUGACUCAAAUGUUCAGAUUAAUAAAUUUAUAAUGUAUUUUUAUAUAACAGGGAAGACUUUACUAGCAUUUCUCUAUUUACAGAUUAUCAGAAUAUUCAUCUUGGAGGAAAAUUCAGAGAAUGUGGAUAUUCCCUUGUUUUUUAUGCUUUAUAAAAGCUCUCCAGCCCUCAUCAAUUAUUGUUAAAUUUGAGGAAACGCUUACCACAGAAAACCCCUGUUGAUCUAACAAAAACCAUAGUGAUUGUCAUUUGAUGCUUUACAGCCUGUAUGACAUUGGGCAAGAUAUUAUCCCUGUGGGAGUCAUUUAUAAGUGGUGAUAACAGUACUUGCAUUAUAGUGCUGUUUUUGAAAUGUAGAAAACUUGGAAAGCUAUCUUAAACAUAGUCUCUAUUCAGUAAGUAUUAGAUACUAUUUUUAAUAUUAUUUGUAUUACUAUUAGUGAAUUAUUAAGAGACCAAGUCAAUAUGGGUGUAAUGAACUUAGAAAAUCUUUAUUCCUAAGUAAUUACUUGUGCCUUUUUGAGUUUUAAGUAUUUUUUUCUGCACAAAGUCUAGUAGAAUAUGAAAAUCAUGAGGAUUUAAAACGUGAGUUUUAUUGGAAGACUGACAUUGAUUUGUUUACAUACCACCUAUGGAUGCUUUCAUACUCCUCUGGCACAGCUGAAUACCUGCAGCAGAGGCCAUAUGGCCGACAAAGCCUAAAAUAUUUACUGUCUGGUUCUUCACAAAAAUUUUUGCCAGUACCUGUUUUAGAAUAACAUCCCCACCAAUUUUUCAUUACUUUGGAUUUUUGAAGAGUAUGAGAAAGUUGUCUUACUGAAUGGUCCCAUGUUCUGGGUUUUAAAAAUUAUUUCUUUGUGGGUCAUUUAUCCUGUUCUUCUAUCUCUAAUCGUUCUAGUAAAUUAAAAGUUAAAUGAAGAGGUUUGAGUCAAUGUUGUGAAUGUUAAGAAACAUAUAAUGUUGAGUUUCCCUACUUUUAAUGAUGCUGGAUGUUAACACCUGGUUAUAGUAAUGACUGCUAGAUCUCUCCAUUGUAGAAAUCCAUUUUAUAGUUACUCAUCUGCAUGGUAAUAUUUUAUCACCUCCUUUUGCAAAUUGAUAAUCCUCAUGUAUAAGUUCUGAAUUAAACAGAGAAUUGAAAUUAGGGUCUAUUCAGAAAGGAAUGAUAAUGAAAUGCUUAUAUGCCAGAACUUGGGGAUGUUAUCAGUUUUAUGUACUCAUUGGAAAUUUAAUAAAUUGCUCACGGCUUUAUCCCCAGAUCAUACAUACCCAUUGUUUGCCACUUAGUAGGUAUUGACAAAAUUGAUAAAAUAAUUAGAUAACAAUUAAUUAAAAAUUUGUAGAAUAAAAAUUUUACAAAGCUAGAAACAAAAUGACUUAAAUCUAAGCCAAUAUAAGAAAGCAAUUAGUAAAACUAAAAUUAUUAGAGCCUAUUGAUUAUUAAUCAGAUAGUACUCUAACAGCUUUGGGUUUUUUCUGUGAAAAACAAUACAUCUAGAAGUAGAGUUUAGUGAUUUAGAAAUGGAACAGGAAUCUUGAAAAAAUGUUUUUUAACUUUAAAAUUUUUCUGUUAGUAUGUUAACAUCAGAUAGGCUGUGAUAAAUCUGGUCAAGAUAAAAAUAAGAAUGAUUACAUUAUCGUAUCAUUAAUAAGAAAGGCGAUAUAAUCACAAACAGAGAAUUUUAAAUUAAAAGAAAAUGCUGGGUGGCUCAGUUGCUUAAGCCUCUGACUAUUGAUUUUGGCUCAGAUAAUUGUCUCAUAGUUC